GGCAGAUCUAGAAACAGUUUUGUUCAUUUUCCUGCGACGACCAUCAUGGCGAUGAAGACUCUUUCACUGUGGCUGCUUGUCGUCUGUCUGGUAAAGACGGGCGUGAGUCUGAAGUGUUACUCCUGCGAACAGACGCACGACAACCGGCUGUGUAACACAGACAAGUGGCUGGUGGACUGUCCUCAGGCCGAGAUGGACACCUGUAUGACAACCAUCGAUUACGACAAGAGCCGUGAGCCGUGGCACCAGAAGAUGAAGAUAGAGAAGACGUGUUCCGUGAAGUCUGCCUGUGAGCUGGAGCAGGAGAGCGGGCUGCCGUGCUGGCGGGCGGACAUGACAGGCGACCAGUACGCCUGCGUAGACUGCUGCUUCGAGGACAAGUGUAACAUCGGCGGGGCGGCUGCCGUGGUACCGCUGACGUCACUGCUGUGGGGGCUGGUGGCGGCGGUACUCGGGCUGGUUAACAUGAAAUAA